AUGGUGCUUCUCCAAAUUGCGGUUGUAGCGGGAGAAAGUAUCUGUUACAGUUCCGAGCCUACGUGUAUCAAUAACAAUUGCCAGGACAUCACUCCGAACUCAAAUCAGUGUCUCGCAGAAUGGUUUGUGGAUCCUUUUUGUCUAGCUAUUGCCCUCAAUACCAACUUCGAAUCUGACGAGUGUGCGCCACUUAAUUUACCUGUCAUUGGAAACCUCUUCUAUAUGGUGACGGGUGGCCCCGUUCUGAAUUCUACUGCCAACGCGGUCCCGACCGAUAUGGCAGAACCAACAAAUAUGUUGUCACCGAACAACGCCGCUGAAGUCGCCAAUGAGAGCCUUAGCAGUAUGGAAGCUGAGACUCAUACUAUAGUGGUGACAGUUACAGAGGGAGCAGAGAUGGUCGUCUUUGAAAAUUCUGGUGCGAUUGUGUCUGCAAGAUUCUGUGCCUGGUCAUUGUUUCUUGUGCACCUGCUGUAUCAUGUGAUGUAG